UGACAUUGUGAUGAAUAUGUCUAACGAAAAAAUCAAAGGUACACAUGUUAUGUUCAAGGAACCAUAAGCAAAUUAUAUUUUGACGAGUAAAUAUUGUAAUUCCAGAAUUCAUCAGUUUCAGCUGUAUUGUUAAACUUGUAUUCCCAAUUUUGUGCAACUGAUCAGCCCUAAAUGUGAUAGGACAUUGGUUGGUAUCGCUAUCUACAUGGCAACAAAUCGUUAGUUGCACGAAUGCGGAGAAGAUGCCGCUAAGGACCAAGAGUUGUCCCCUGCUGCGCUCUUUGCGGCGGAUCGGCAACUAUCUGCAUUGACCCAUUGAAAAUCUGGGAUAAGGGCAGCCAUUUUUGUGCUUUUCAGAAAGUGACAGAACGUACUGUUUAUUUUGUGUUUUAAGUGGUUUGUCAGUGUAUUUGAAGUGCAUAUAAAGUGGAGGAUCAGAAGGUAAGAUGACCGAGGUACAUAAAUGGAUGUGUUGACCGACUGAGAAGGUCAAUUUAAAAAUAUCUUAUAUCCAACUUCUCUUCACCUGCCUGAAUCUCUUUCCUUUGAUACAGAACUUCGGUUCUGAUAAAUUGGUGUUCUGGGAGGUUUAGAAGUGACUGGGAGCCCUGGAAGGUAUAAAAGGCAAGACAAUGGGCAAUGCCGCUACGGCCAACAAGAAGGGGGAUUCGGCAGAAAGUGUCAAGGAAUUCCUCGACCAAGCGAAGGAGGAAUUUGAAGAUAAAUGGAAGAAGAAUCCAACUAAUACAGCAGCCCUUGAUGAUUUUGAAAGGAUCAAAACCCUUGGUACUGGGUCCUUUGGAAGGGUAAUGAUAGUACAACACAAACCUACCAAAGAGUACUUUGCCAUGAAGAUACUCGAUAAACAGAAGGUAGUUAAACUGAAACAAGUCGAGCAUACCUUGAAUGAAAAAAGGAUUUUGCAAGCCAUCAGUUUUCCUUUUCUUGUGAGUCUCAAAUUUCAUUUUAAGGACAAUUCAAAUCUAUACAUGGUUCUUGAAUAUGUGCCAGGAGGUGAGAUGUUUUCACAUCUGCGUAAAGUUGGAAGGUUUAGUGAACCCCAUUCGAGGUUUUAUGCCGCACAAAUUGUUUUAGCAUUUGAAUAUCUUCAUUAUUUAGACUUAAUUUAUCGAGACUUGAAGCCAGAAAACCUGUUGAUAGAUUCUCAGGGUUAUUUAAAAGUAACGGAUUUUGGUUUUGCUAAAAGAGUGAAAGGCCGCACUUGGACUCUUUGUGGCACACCUGAGUACCUUGCUCCGGAAAUCAUUCUGAGUAAAGGAUACAACAAAGCUGUUGAUUGGUGGGCACUGGGUGUGUUGGUUUAUGAAAUGGCAGCUGGUUAUCCACCUUUCUUUGCUGACCAACCUAUUCAGAUUUAUGAAAAAAUUGUUUCUGGUAAAGUAAGAUUUCCAUCACAUUUUGGUUCUGAUUUAAAGGAUCUUUUAAGAAAUCUUCUCCAAGUAGAUCUCACUAAAAGGUAUGGUAAUUUGAAGAAUGGAGUAAAUGAUAUCAAGGGCCAUAAGUGGUUUCAGUCAACUGAUUGGAUAGCUGUAUUCCAGAAAAAAAUUGAAGCUCCUUUUAUACCCCGAUGUAAGGGACCUGGUGAUACAAGUAAUUUUGAUGACUACGAGGAGGAAGCACUUAGAAUAUCAUCGACAGAGAAGUGCGCCAAGGAGUUCGCGGAGUUUUAAAUUUUUGCCAUUUUCCAAAUAGAACCGUGAGAUCUAGUGUGUAGAAGAGAAAGAACGCCCAUCGUGAUAAACCUUCAAUAGAACAGCUUUAAGGGUAAUUGCUUAUAUAUUUAUUAUACGGGUCUUCCUAUGUUACUAAACAAAACUUGUUGAUAGUCAAAAUUCGUUGAAGGUUAUUCUUUAAUGAUCUUGUGUGUUUAGUAGACAGUAGAGGUCUUAUCCCACUAACAGAUGGAAAAGCCUGUAGCCAUUUAACAUGUCUAUGUUGAAUAAAAUCUUGUAUAUGAGUGAAAUUUUUCAAAAGUUAUAAAUUGCCACUUAUUUCUUUAUGAAUUAUAUUCUUGGUAUAAACUGCAUGUUCUGGUCAUUAUUUAGAAUUUGCAAAAUAAAAAUUAUAAAAAAAAAUCUUGCUUAGUCAGAAGCUUUUAAAAAAAGUUGUAAUUUGCCCAAAAUAUCUGUACAAAUUAGACUUAUUCAACCCUAAGAGAUUUUUGUGCUCAUUUUAUUAGACAAAAAAGAAAGUACACUUGUUCUUGUAUUUUCUAUUCUCCUCUCGGCACAUGUAAUAUAGUGAACUAUCCAAAGUUAAUGAUGGUAAUAUCAAAAAAAAUUUUGCCCUAGUCUUUCUAUAUGCUUUUUGCUUAUUAGGUUUUAGUACAGUUUUUCUGCCUACCAAUACUCAACAUCAUUUGUAAAUAAAUAAUCGCUUAACAUAAAAAUAAAUACAAUAAACAAUCUUUUUGCCCUUCCAUAUUUGUAUACAUCCCAUCAUUAUACCUUUAAUUCAUGUUAAAAAAGCUUUAGUGAAAUUAUUUAUUUUUGAUUUUAACUAUCAUUUUAAAUAUUAGUAAAUGUUCCUCAGAGCUCAUUAUGACUUUAUUUUCUAUCAUUUUACAUCACAAUUAAUAAUCGAAUGAUAUAAGAACAUUUAGAUAUACAGUAUUGACUUGAAAUAAUUAGCAAGUUCAUGUUUAUCAUCAUGUUGUUUAAGGUGUGAGUUUUAUUAGUUUGUUGACCUUACUAUAAAGUGUUACCAAUUGCCACAGUAUUAUUACUGUUUUGGUUUUAAGUAAUUUGUUCAUAGCUUAUUAAGUUCAAGCACUGUAAUAUAGUUUCUAUGUGUGAAAAUAGAAUAGGGAUUUUUCGAUUCUUUUCUGAUGUAUUCAGCUUUACUAUUUAUUCAGCCGUUCUACAUGAAACAAGUUCACUUGAUAUAAAUAUAGGAGAUACUUAACAUUCUUUAUUAUUAUUAUAAAAAUAAUAUAUUUAUUAUUUAAUUUAUAUAUAAAUUUGAGGGUUGUAUGAUACAAUUGGUUUAGAGAUGGUAUGUUGAAGAUCGGGAGCAAAGAUUUUAAUGUUGAUAUUUUCUGUACAAUUUAUAUUUAGGCCAUAAGUUACGAGCUUCGGUCAAAAGAUUAUUUGGCCUUUUCAGAUAUUUUAUCUAUUGUUUUUAUCGAAUGUAAAUAUUUAAUGCCGUAAAUUUUGCUUGUAAAAUUAUAAGAAAUGAUGACGUAUGAGUAUAAUAAUUCAAUUUUUUGAGUUAUAUACCUAUUUAUUAGCAUUUACUACUGCAAUUAUAUAAUUAAAGUGCAGAACUAUGUAUCAUAAUGUGUUAAUCAUAUCUGUAUUUAUAGUAUUAUAUAUAAAUAUAUAUAUAUAUUAUAUAAAUAGUUGUACUACUUAACAGGUAAAGGGAUUCUAUGCAAUAGUGCCAUAUAAACGAAUGGAAUUUUAAUAAUGGUUUGGAAUUUUUUUCUGAUGAACUAAAUUUAAUUGGUACCUAAGUUUUUAGGGAAAAUAUUUUUAAAAUUAUAUUUUAUGAAGCACAAUAGUUUAUUAGUCUUUUAAUGAACAAAUUGUAUUUUUCGCAAUGUGAUAUUUGUAUUAACAAAUACAUGGAAAAGCUCGUAGCUUUUUCAAUAUAGUGUGGGGUAACAGACCGUUGUAUCAGAAGGAAUAGUCUGGUAGGAUUUGUUGUUAAUUAAAAUUUGCCAUAUAGAAUGAAUUGCCCCUUUGACAAACCUUAAAUGUAAGAAAUUUUAUUUAAUGGGUCCCUCCCCAUAUAUAUAUUGUAUAAUGUAACACCAAGAUCCUCCAUGAAUAUAGAAUGUCAUCGAAUUAUUUAAAAUAAAUAAUUAAAUAACAAAAAAUACAAAAAAAAAAAAAAAAAAAGAUGGCUAAGAGUCAUACAGGCUUUAAGUUAUCAUUUCAAUCUUUCAUUAAGUUAUUCAGAUAUGUUUAUAUUGUUUUGUUUUUAAAUUAUAUAUUGUCAUUAUUCUAAUUAAUUGUACUAUGUGUGUAUGUACACAAUGAAAUGACAUAAAGAUGUUGUCAAUAGUGUGUACUAUGUAUUUAUGAUUUCAGAAUGUUAUGAAUUUUUUUGAAUUUUAACCUAGUUGGUUUUGUACCUUGUUUUUGUUUUUAGAAAUUUGUUAUUUGUUUAUACCAACUGAUGACCAAAUAAUAUAAAUAAAAAUACGUUGUUAUCCCCUAUUUAACAAAGGCUUUUAUUUUGUUUUUUAUUUCCUAUAUUAAAAUUACAGGUUUUGCUUUUUCAAUUUCCUGCAGUUUUAAAAUUAGAUAUCAAAAAGUAACAAAAAAAAUUUACAUCACAAAUUAUAUGUGGUACAUAGGUUACAAACAUAAAAGCUUAUUAAGAACAAAUACUUACAUAAAAAAAAGUAAGUUUUAUUUUGAACAGGAGUCCUUUACCGUUUUUGUUCUGCUAAUCCCUUUGUCACUGAAGUUGAGACUUGGCACACUUUCAAAAAAAAAAAAAAAAGUAAAUAAGAACCAAGUACAUUUACUACAGUUGUAUUAGAUAAUUACUUACUGAAAUGUUUUUUUCUACAAAUGCCAACAUGUUGCAUAUUUUCAACGAUAACCAUUAUAAUUAGUUUUAAUUUUACAUAUUAUUAUUAUGUAUGUAAAUUUAAUGCAUUCAUCAAAUUACCUAUUGUCC